CAGAGAGUACAUUCCAUACAAGAACACUGUUCUGGACAGAGAAGCAGAAGUGGCAACAUCAGCCGGUUUGGUCCGGUUCUAAUCGGUUCUUAUGACAAACAAAGUGAAGGUAUAUAAAGUCUGUGUUUCCAUCUCUGAGACAUCCUGUGACCAGAAACUGCUGCUGGAACAGACUCUUCAACUAACCAUCAAAACAAGAUGGCUGCCGGUCUUGUCUUCACUCUGCUUCUUGGUCUGAGCUUUGGACUCUGGGAUGGAGCUGAUGCAUGUCAGCUGGAAGUUGCCGACUGUGAUGAGUGCACUCCUGGUUGGGCUUGGUACGACGGUCGAUGUUUCCUGUAUGUGAAUGUCAAACAGUCCUGGGCUGAUGCAGAGAAAUUCUGCCUCUCAUUGGAUGGAAAUCUGGCCUCAAUGACCAGUAGAAAUGAGUACAACUUCAUCAGAGACCUUAUCUACAAAGCAAGUGGAAAACACACACAAACUUGGGUUGGAGCUCAUGAUUCAGCACAGAAAGGUACGUGGUUUUGGACUGACGGUUCCAAGUUUGCAUUUGAUCAGUGGUCCUACGGUGAGCCAAACAAUUUUGGUGGAAACGAACACUGCAUGGACAUCAACUUAUUUGGUAUGGGAAAUCACAAUCUGUAA